GGGCGGCCGGGCCCAGACUCCGAGCAUGAGCCGCGGGAGCCCGACUGCGGCGCGGGGGCUGCGUGGGGGCGACGCGGGCCCGGACCCAGGACGCCAUGCCCCAGACGGCCCUGGUCUUGGCCAGCACCCUCGGGCCCGGCUGUAGCGCACAGGGGCGGCCCGGCAUGGGGGAGCGAGGGGCCAGGGGCUCCGAGGACCUCGUCUUCCAGGACGGACGCCUCGUCUCUGGCUCCCUGGAGGCCCUGAUGGAGCACCUGGUGCCCACGGCGGACUACUACCCUGACAGGACCUACAUCUUCACUUUUCUUCUGAGCUCCCGGGUCUUCAUCCGGCCCCACGACCUGCUGGCCCGCGUGGGGCGGAUCUGCCUGGAGCAGCGGCGGCAGCUGGAGGCGGGGCCCGAGAAGGCGAAGCUCAAGUGCUUCUCAGCCAGGGUCGUGCAGCUGCUGAAGGAGUGGACAGAGGCCUUCCCCUACGACUUCCAGGACGAGACGGUCAUGGCGGAGCUGAAGGCCAUCACCCACAGGGUCGCGCAGUGUGACGAGGAGGGCGGCACGGUGAAGAAGGCCAUCGCGCAGAUGACCCAGAGCCUGCCGCUGGCCCUGGCCGCGCGGGGCCAGCGGCAGGAGCUGCGGGACAAGCUGUGCUCUCCGGCCCUGGACAGAGGACCCGUGCUCAAGGCCAAGCCGCCGGCCGCGCAGAAGGACAUCCUGGGCGUGUGCUGUGACCCCCUGGUGCUGGCCCAGCAGCUGACGCACAUCGAGCUGGAGAGGGUCGGCAGCAUCCGCCCCGAGGACCUCAUGCAGAUCCUCAGCCACAUGGACUCCCGGGACAAGCACAGGUGCCGAGGGGACCCUGCCAAGACCCGCAGCCUGGAGGCCUACGACGACUGGUUCGACUGCCUCAGCAUGCUGGUGGCCACCGAGGUGUGCCGGGUGGUGAAGAAGAAGCACCGGACCCGCGUGCUGGAGUUCCUCAUCGACGUGGCCCGGGAGUGCUUCAACAUCGGCAACUUCAACUCCAUGAUGGCCAUCAUCUCUGGCAUGAACCUCAGUCCUGUGGCACGGCUGAAGAAAACGUGGUCCAAAGUCAAGACGGCCAAGUUCGACGUCUUGGAGCACCACAUGGACCCAUCCAGCAACUUCUGCAACUACCGCACGGCCCUGCAGGGGGCCAUGCAGAGGUCCCAGACGGCCAACAGCAGCCGAGAGAAGGUCGUCAUCCCCGUGUUCAAUCUCUUCGUGAAGGACAUGUACUUUCUGCACAAGAUCCACACCAACCACCUGCCCAACGGGCACGUCAACUUCAAGAAGUUCUGGGAGAUCUCCAGACAGAUCCACGAGUUCAUGGCGUGGACCCAGGUGGAGUGUCCCUUUGAGAAGGACAAGAAGAUUCAGAGUUACCUGCUCACAGCGCCAGUCUACAGCGAGGAAGCUCUCUUCGUCGCCUCCUUUGAGAGUGAAGGCCCCGAGAACCACAUGGAGAAGGACAGCUGGAAGGCCCUGAGGACCACACUCCUUAACAGGGCCUGAAGGCGCAGAGGGCCUCUCUCCCGCGGGGCGCACACACCGAGGAUUCUCGCCUUGCUGCUUGUGGGCUCAGAUGAGGGGCCUCACUGGCUGGGGUCCAUUUUGUAUAUAACUUUUAUGAAAAGAGAGAGAGGGAACAGGAAUUAUUUCGCGCGUCAACCUUUGGCACUUACCAACGGAGUCCUAUUGUUUACUUUGAAGAGCAGGGCAGGGCCCUGCUUCGGGAGGGUGGGGAACAGAGUAUCGUGGGCAGUGGCAUCCAUGAUGACAUCUUAUUCUAGCGAACGCAGCGUUUUAUUUUCUACUUUUGAUUAUUGACAUCUUAUGAA